UUUUGAGGGCGUUGAUCCCAAUACCUUCCGAAACUUUACACGGUGCGGGUAUUAGAAGCGGGAACCAGUCUACACUUAACUCGGAGCCGUCAUGAAGACCAUUUUUAUUUGGGGCUGCUUCAUGGCUGUUCUCAUCGAGCCUUGCAAAUCGGACAUGUACAUGCAUGCUCCGCCGGGAUCCAACAAUCGCUUGAACGGUAACCAAGAUAACGUCAGAAAUGCAAACAGAUUGUUUGAUUCACAGAAUAACGGUAAGGCUGGUUACAAUGUCGGAGACAGUUUGGACAAUAACCCCGGUGACAACAUUCGAGAGUUCAGACAGCUGCCACAGGAAUAUUACAUGAGUGGAUGUGAUGCUAAGGCAAAAACCGAAGUCGAUAUCAUGUGGACAAAUCAGCAUGGAACUGGACCAGACACUAAUGACACGGUAGAAACUCAAGUUAUUCUACAAUACAUGUGUCAGCCUUAUCCCGAGGGCAAGAUGGCAACCAACGACGUGAACAAAGAGUUUGAAUAUCAUACAAUUCGUAAUGGGCAGACUCUUAGCACUCAAUCAUUUGCAAAAAACGCAAGAGAGAAUGCUUACAUAAGAAGAGACAGAGGUCUUCACGAACCAGCUAACUAUUAUCAGGCGUAUUACCGAAGAGAGAGAAACAAAGGCCUGUUCACCGCUGACCAACAACUUAAAGGUAAUCUGCCGAUUUAUACGCGACAGAAUGCCGCAGGGACAAGGAGGGGCUUGGAGGUUCCCGAGGAACGCGAUUACUAUCCUUACUGGGGCCCUACUCCUUGGAAGGACAUUGCGAUCAUGGUCAGCGAUAAAAAGACCGAGCAACUCAUGAAAGAAUACGUAAACAGCCCUCACUAUGGACACAAAUACUUGUGUAUAAUGCCCACCAAGCUUUCCGGAAAUGAUGACUGUCCACCGGACAACGCGAACGUUAAAGGAGAAAAAUGUGUUGCAAAGUACAUCACCUCAGAGACAUGCAAGGCGGCUGGAGGGACCUGGACAAAAUUUAUCACGAAUUAUGUUGAAAAAACUGCUGGUGUGUUGAGCACUUGUCAUAAUGUGGGCGAAAUGAAACUGGCAAGAGGCAUUCCUUACGAACCACACAAGAUCUCUCAAGGAGCCGAUCAGAAGGUGCAAUUUGUUCUUGUUCACAAGCCUCCUGAAGUGAUCUACGCCCCAUCAACUGUCGUUAAUCAUAACGGAAUGAACAUGGAAGGAAAGUUUUCGUCCUACAAGUGGAAGGUUCCUUGCUUUCCAACAAACACCACCCAACGCUGCGUGAUACGAAUCAGGUACAAUAUAACCACAAGCGAUGUGCCCCGGGAGUUUACUGCUAAGAACAAUAACGAGAUUAAAAAUAAUCCGAAAACAAAAGCUACUGACAAUAAGACCGAACUUCAAAUCGCUUUGAACACUGCUCAGCUGGGCAGGACAUUCCAGGAUAGAAGUCAUGUGAUGAUCCUUAAACCACGCAGCACACUGCCUGUGAAAUUUCAGCACAGCAAUAUCUAUUACAUUAAUGGAAUGGGCAAGAGAGGAAACAUUGUGCAGGCGUAUCCAGCCAUGGAAUAUCGCUUUUACCCUGAACGCCUCACUGUCACAACAGAUGAUGUGGUGUGUUUCGUCUGGUCCGGCUCAAACAACAAUCAGAACAAUGCAGGAGAAGGAACAGCACGUACUGAUCGCACCAACGUGUGCUGGGUAAAGGAAGGAUGCCAAUCUCUUAAGCCAGCAUCGUGUUCUAGCUUGCCUCUUGAAGUAGUUGACCAUGUUGACAAAUUCGAUGCCGCAAAGUUAAAUCUUCACCUGAACAAGGGCUGUUAUACUGGUGACAAACCACUGCAGGCUCAACUGAACAACGCCCCAGCCUCCUGUAACCCACCGUGCUUCCGCAUCACGAAGCCUGGGACAUACUGUUACAUGGGCACGCGCAAUAACAACUUCUCCAACCGCCGUCACGUGGGACAGAUUACUGUUACUGGGAUACUCCGGCAAAAUGAUUGAACUGUGUUAUUUACGCGCUAAAUCCGCUCAUUUCCUGAUUGUGUUUAGGUAGUUUACACUGUAAUACACUGGGAUGUUGGAAGAAUAAAACAAGGGAAUAGA